AUGAAUAAACCCAGAGGCAGAACUUUCUUAGACAUAAAUGGUAAAAAAAUUGGUCAAAGCCAUGUAAUGAGAUUUUUAUUUUUGACCAUCGGUUCAAAACACAAAAACCGACAAUGGAAUGCGGUCAACAGUACACAACAAGUUCAACAACAAAAAUUCCAUAGAAGUUGCUUCCAAAGAGUCGAGUUUAAUUAUGAAAAUUCCAAAAAGACUCAAAUGAUCAAGAAGUUGAUAUUGUUGAACACAAUGUCAACUGUGUGUCUGAUCCCGAUCGCUGUCCGAUAUCAACUGACUCUCAGUGUGUGUGUAUCCUCGUACCCACCCGCUGUCGGUGUGGGUAAUCUAGUACCUCAUACCGGUACAAUGUCGUCUAGUGACAACGGCGACGACGACGACGAGUGUUGUUUGUUUUACCUUUUAACUAAACAACCGGUGCCAAAAGUCAUUCAUCAGGAUCUCUGA